AUUCGGCUGUUAAGAGUGCCCCGUUGUCUCAUUGUCUACGAUGUGCGAUUAAAUUAUUGCUUGUAGAUGCACCAAUAGUGACAAUCAAGCUAGGUUCGAGUUUAAGGGCGAACCAUAUAAACGAAGGCGACGAUGUCUACUUCGAAUGCGACGUUCAAGCAAAUCCAGACGCCUAUAAGCUGGCCUGGUUCAAGGACGGUAAAGAAUUGCAUCAGAACACGACAGCUGGAAUUUUUCUUCCCAGCGGGCAAUCUCUGGUUUUGCAACGCGUGACCAGAAAUUCUGCCGGUGAAUAUUCCUGCAUGGGAACCAAUAUCGAAGGCAAAUCGACAAGCGGGCCUGUAAAACUCGAGAUAAUGUACGCACCAAUCUGCAAGGACGGCUCUUCCACUCAAGUGGUCGGCGCCCUGAAGCACGAGACAAUCUCGCUGGUCUGCGGCGUGCAAUCGAAACCGCCGCCAUCGACUUUCCACUGGACGUUCAACAAUUCCGGGGAGCUGAUGAACGUGCCGGCCAAUAGAUUCACGCAGGUCAAGCCUCUGAGCCUGAUCACGAGCCACUGGCACGGCUCCAGGCUGAAUUACACGCCGGAGAACGACAUGGACUAUGGGACGGUCGCGUGCUGGGCCAAGAACCGUAUAGGGGAGCAGAAGACGCCUUGUCUUUUUCAGAUCAUCGUGGCCGGGAAGCCGUAUCCCCUUCAGAACUGCACGGCUCUACAGUCGACCGGACCCUACGCGUAUCGAAUGGGUAAGCGACACUCGACUCUCGCGCCACCCUGAAACACGUCCCCCUCUGUUCUGACCUAAAUAGCGCUUAACUACACCAUUACGGUCGGGGCUCAUCAUCGAGGAUGACAGUUUACGGUCGAUAGCCUUGUUGUGCUCAACAGCUUGUUUCCUAUUGUGACCCGUGAAAAGCGAAGGUGACCAAUCGUGCGUGAAAAAGGUCGUGAAAUUAGGCGCGUUUCGUCCGACAGCUACCGAGACACCCUACGGGGCUCUUUCGUUACACGGGAUACUGACACUCCGGCCAGUCCGACGUUCGAGAUAUCUGAUACUCCAAGGGUCGGUCAGUCGUUCGCAGUGAUGCGUUAAAAGUUAGGUUACUGUUUCCGAUUUCGUUCCCCUCGAUACGGAAACCCGUGCCGUGGAUUCGGCAUUGAACAAGAUUUUUGCCAGUGCGGUGAAAUGGCUGGACGUUUGAUGAAUUCGGCGACUUAGCGUAUCCAAGGGUGCUAAACAAUUUGCGAACGUGGGGACAGGUUCUUUGCGGUUAACUUUUGGAGUAUGUCAACACGACUGUUUAAAUGUGCGUAUUUUUCUUCGUUCUUUAACACUGCGUUUAGAUA